AUGACUACGUCCCCUUCUACUCAUUCAUUCCAAGACGAUCAAGACUUUAGACGAAUCUCAUGGUCGUGGGCAAAGGCUUAUGAUACAAAGGAUUGGGCUCUGCUGCGAUCGAUCUGUGCACCCACCGUCCAGUGGCUCUACAACAGUCUGAACGCACAAUUCGUGGACAAGCAGAUGACAAUCGAUGAAUACGUCGAAGAAAUGAGUGCGAUGACUGGUCUGGGAGAUCCGAGACUCUCUACACAACAUCUACUAGGAGCUGUGGUAUUCGAGGAAGUUGUGUUCAACGGACAGUGUUACAUCGUGGGUGAUUGGCAAGCGCAAGCCUCACAUCGCCGAAUCUUAGCAAAUGGAGAAGUCCGAGUAUGGGAUGGCUUCAGCUAUGUAAGACACUACUACGCCAGAGACGUAAACCACAAGUGGCAGCUAGCCGGCGUACAACCGCAUACUGUACUGAUCUCGGACGGUCACCCAGGUCUCGUUCUGGGCAAAUUCGAUUAG